GCGAUGGCUCCCGCCUGAAACGACGCAGAAGAAGAAAAGAGACAUGCGCAAUUCAAACGCCGCGGCUAAGAAAUUCGAAAGUUGUUGUGGUUGAUAGAAGUUGGACGAUUCCAUUUUCAUUUGAAAAUCGCGUUCUCAGGUCUGACGAUGUCUUCAAGACGGGAUGGCCAGUCGUCACCAAUAUCACCCGUUCUGUUCUUGAACGUGAUCGGCGAGCCCAUGCGCUUCUACCUCAGACCGGGCCCCACCAAGGUCGAGCUGCUGCCGAUCAUCAAUGCUGGGGGCGGCAUAUUGUGUAGAGCUCAGGAGUCCAACGCCAUCCUGUUAUCUGACCCCAAGGACAUGUCGCCUGCAAUGGCGUCCACUGCCCAUUUCUACAUUUCAACCACGUACAUCCGGGACUGCGUGGAGAAAAACGAGCAGCUGGAGUUGGAGGACUACAGGUUCACUGAGUACGUGCAGACCAGGUCCUCCAAACAGAAGCGGGAGGGGAGCGGGAGUGUUGGUCGCAUGGGCUACACGUCAGAGGAGGACUCCGCCAUCUUGAACUUUAUGUCCAAGCGCAAGGGUGAGACCCGAGGUAACCUGGUGUGGCAGGAAAUGGAGAAGCAGGGUCUGAUCAAUCGCAGCUGGCAGUCCAUGAAGGCUCGCUAUUCGAAGUACCUGUGUUUCAUAGCUGCAGAGGAGGUGGAGAGACAGACGGUCCCUCCGAAGAAAUACCCUCAGCGGAGCCCGUCGCACAAGCAGUCUACCUCUCCAGGUCCUGAUCCUGAUUCAGACGGGUACACCUCCAAUACAGAGCUAGACCCGAAGUCUGAACCAGAACCAGUGUCUGAACCAGACCUGUCUGAACCAGACCUGUCUGAACCAGAACCAGUGUCUGAACCUGUGUCUGAACCAGAACCAGUGUCUGAACCAGACCUUUCUGAAUCAGAACGACACCUUGAGCCAGAGGCUGUAAAAGCAGAGCAGGACCGGUCUUCUGAACCAGAUGUUUUAGAACCAGAACUAGGCCAGUCUUCUGAGGAAGAAGUUCUAGAACCAGAACCAGGCCAAGCACCUGAGCCAGAAAUUCUAGAACCAGACCACAGCCCUGAGCCAGAAGAUCUAGAACCAGAACCAGGCCAGUCUUCUGAGCCAGAGGUUCUAGAACCAGACCAGUCUUCUGAACCAGAAGUUCCAGAACCUAAAACAGCCCCUGAACCAGAGGUCCGAAAGCCAGCCUCUGACAUUCCUAAGACAUUGACGGAGGAAGACCUCCCUCCAACAGCAUCAGACACAACAGACCUCUUGCUCUCCCCAGAGGCACUUCCCUCCUUCCAGCCAGAGGGGGCGCCAGAGAGAGUGGACAGCAGUCCUGAGGGGCAGCGGAAGGCCUCCAAGCAGCGCAGGCGAUCAGGGACGUCCUCUAGCACACCCGCAUCUAAGAGAGCCAGAGCGGCCAGUCCGCCUGUUGGAGAGAACCCAGAGCUGGAUGAAGCUGGACCCUCAGGAGAGAGUGCAGUCCCAUUCAUCCACAAACAGACAGAACCACAGAGGAAGAAAACACUGAAAAGAAGAAGUCUUGGGAUUCUUGAGAAGGCAUCGAGAGAGUUUGAUGACGGGUCUUCGGGUGAGUCGGUUGACGAGUCUCUAAAUAUGGAAGUAGGCAGCACUGCGUCUCCUCCAGAGCCAGGAAGGACAGUCAACCCAACCCCUGCCCUGGCCUCAGCCCCGGCCUCCAUUACCCAGACACACACUCCUGAUACUGAAACUGCUGCAGUGCCCCAGCCUCAGCCCCAGCCCAAACCCAAGGGUAAGCGGCCUGAGGCCCAGGGUCCCUGCCAGGCGGACCUUCCGGAGGUGCCUUUUCCUGGGCCAGGGCAGAGGGAGCCGGUCCCCUCCACUUCCGCGGCACACAUGUUCCUGUUCGAUAACGAGUCUCAGGAAGUGGAGAGCUCUCAGCCAAUCAGGGAUGAGGUGGCGUUCACUCAGGUGCAGGUGGAAGAAGCGAAGCACAGCAUCAGAGGGCUGAUGGAGGAGACCAAUCAGGACCUGGUGGCCGUUACUAAGGCCCUUAUCAAGUUCUGCGGGGACGUAUCAGCAGCCUUGAUCUACCUGAACAAUGGCACGGGGGCGGGGACUAUCUGGGAACGCUGUGACGACAAACUCCUCAAAUCAGCAGACCUCUCAGAACUCCGUCUGAAAUAUGGAGACAAGGCUGUGGCUAGAAGACUGGCCUUUUUGGACAUGGAGUGAAAUAAUAGCUUAUUGGCUGUUGGCAAGGGCGUUUGUGGAUGGUGUGUGUCAGGAAGGCGGUGCUGGACAGCUGUUUAUUGAAUCAGUAACUGGAAAGUUCACAUUUAAUUAUCAUUCACCCUAGCAGAGGAAGACAGUGUGUGUGUGUGUAAUUUUUACAAGACACUAUGUCCAAGUCCACCCAUCACAGUUUUAACUUUCUGAUUACUGAUUAUUGAAUGUAUAUUGUGCUGUACCAUAUUUUGUCUAUACAUGUUUAGUUUUAAAUGUCAUUUUAAGUUGCGAAAAAAAAGUUCACUUUUUGUUCCUGGUUGUGCUUUUCUAUGUAUUUUUUAAAAUGUUUAUUCGAACUGUAAAUUCAAUAAAACUUCAAUUUU